AUGCUUGCAUUAGAAAAUAUAUUUUCUCAUAAACGAAUUCAUACCGGUGAAAAGAGUUUUUUAUGUGAUUUUUGUGGUAAAGCAUUUCGAUAUCAAAAUAAUUUAGUGGAACAUAAACGAAUUCAUACAGGAGAAAAACCAUAUACGUGCGAUGUCUGUCAUAAACCAUUUACCACUCAUAACGAUUUAGUUAAACAUAAACGAAAACAUACUGGCGAGAAACCUUACACAUGUGAUGUUUGUGCGAAAUCAUUCACACAAAAAGGUAAUUUAAUUAGGCAUCAACGAAUUCAUACCGGAGAGAGACCAUUUUCCUGUAAUAUAUGCGAGAAAUCAUUCUCAACACAACAUGUUUUAGUCAGACAUAGACGGCUUCAUACUGGAGAAGAACAUGUUCAAAGUGAAGUUCGUGAUAAAACAUUCGUUAGUCAUAUUAAUUUACUAGAAAAUCAACGGCUUCAAUCUGGAGUGGAUUUACGUUUUCCAUAUGAUUUACCAUUUAACCAGAAACAACAUUUAAUUGAAAAUAGACAAAUUCCGACUGGAAUAAAUUCCUUUGCAUAUAUUGGUAGUACGAGCACUAGCGGGGAAAAGUCUGAGACUACGCAAGUUGAAUUACCAAGUUCUUACAUUUCAGUUCCUGAAAAUUCACGACCCACUUUUAGCUCAUUUAUUCCACCGCCUGAUAAUUCACAUCCUUCAGUUGAUACCACUAUCCAUUCUGUUGAAAGCGUAAAAAGGGAGCAACAAAUAAAUACAGAAUCUAUAAUCAAAGAUGAAAAUAUUAAAAUAGAGCAACAAUUUAAUUCAGAUGUUAAAAUUAAAGAGGAAGUUUUAAAAGAAAAUGUUGUACCUGAACAUAAAGAAAGUCAUACUAAGAACAGAUCUUUUUCGUAUGAUGUUUUCGAUAGUUGUAGCGAAGGGGAUAUGGAUCCAGGUCCAUCAAGUCCAUUCAUUGCAUCUCCCGAUAAUUCUCAUGCCUCUGCCCAAUCUUUCGAAGAUACAAAAACUGAUCAAAAAUUCGAAUUAACAGUUAAGGAUGAAGAUAUUACAAUUGAAGAUAAUUUUGAAAGUGAGGGACAAAAAGAUGUCGAAGAAAAAUCUUACUCCUGUGAUGUGUGUGAGAAAACGUUUAUCAAACGUAGAAAUUUACGUAGGCAUAAACGACUUAUUCAUAAUAAAAAUAAAACUUUUCCAUGUGAUGAUUGCGAUAAAGUAUUUAAAAAAGAAAGAGAUUUGAUUAUUCAUGAGCGGGAUCAUACUGGAGAAACAUGUUUUUCAUGCGCUGAAUGUGGGAAAACAUUUACGAAUACAAAAAAUUUACGUAGACAUCAAAAACUGCAUAGAGGAGAAAAAAGAUUUGCAUGUGAUGUUUGCGAUAGAGCAUUUACAUUCCAUAGGAAUUUGAUUGAACAUAAACGAAUUCAUACUGGAGAUAAACCUUUUGCUUGUGAUAUUUGUGAAAAAACAUUUACGAUCAAUCGAAGUUUAGUCGAGCAUAAACGAAUGCAUGCUGGAGACAGGCCAUUCGCUUGUGAUCUUUGUGAUAAAGCAUUUACCAGUAAUAGAAGUUUAACUGCACAUAAAGGUAUUCAUACUGGCAAAAAACCUCACUUAUGUGAAGAAUGUGGACGAGGAUUUUCCAAAAUGCUCGAUCUACAACGCCAUAAACGAAUACAUACCGGGGAAAGACCAUUUACAUGCGAUUAUUGUGGUAAGACCUUUAUAAAUCGUUGCAAUUUAGUAGAACAUAGACGAAUUCAUACGGGUGAGAAACCAUUUACAUGUACAGUUUGUUCGAAAUCAUUUACACAACAGCGAAGUUUAAAUAUACACAGGGUAACACAUACCAAGGAGAGAGCUUUUGCAUGUACUGUUUGUGAUAAAACAUUUGGUUAUAAAUCCAGUUUAGUGGAACAUGAACGAAUUAUACAUAAUGGUGAAAAACGUUUUACAUGUGAUAUUUGUAAUAAAAAAUUCCCUAGACAAAAUUAUUUGGUUAAACAUCGAAGAAUACAUACUCGAGAACCAGAAAUACAGUUACAUUCAUGCGAUAUUUGUUUUAAACAAUUUUCACGACCAAAUCAUUUGGCUAAUCAUAAGAAAUCUCACAUUGAAAAAGCUGUAAAAACAUUUUUGAAAAAAGGCCAUGAUUUAUAUGAUGUUAAUGUAAAAGGUGGCGAAUAUUACUUUUUCCCGAAGCGGCUAAAUAGCUAG